AUGUCUCGCACAUCCGAUGCAGGGCCCUCUACCUUGCCCGCACCGCCAACUAAGGAGGUAGAGCUCUCCGUAGAGCCGGUGCACAUCUAUACCGACCCUGAUUCGUACCCUUCCAAUACUGCCGGUGCAUCACACAGCAUCCUCGAUGCGUUCGAACGCGAACGCAAGCUCCAAGACGUCACAGCCGAUGGCACCAAUGUCUUUGUCACUCGCAAGCCUGCAUCCGUGCAGCUCGGCGAAGAUGUUCGAAGGCUGUGGGCGGAGCGAGGUGAUUUCUCACGAUUUCGCAGUUCGCAGUUGAUCCGAAACAAGAGGGAUCGUGAACAGGAGUCCGCCGUGAGCAGCAGUAGUGACGAUGACGAAGACGACGAAGGGAAGGAAGCAGAAGAGGGCAAAGGAAAGAAAAAGGGUGAUAGCGACGAAGAUGCGACGGCGGCAGGGUUGCUGAGGAGGACGGGGGAGAAGGUGGGCGGAACAAUAGCAGAGAGCGAGUUCGUCGAGAUGCGCAACACAGUACUGGGCAACCUGGAUGUAGCGCACUUCAACUCGAUCCAUGCACACCAGCUUCUGGGCAUGUUGAUCAAGCAGCAUCGCUCCGCAACCAGCAGCGGCCCUACCAACACGACUGCGGCGGCGGGCAGAAAGGGAUCGCCCGCCCCCAGCGUCGGCGGCCAAUCCGCGCGCUCCGGCUCCACCACCACCGCCCCCCCACCCGCCAAAGCCCCCCUAGGCAUCUUCACCCACCUCAACACAGCCCGCGAAGAAGAGUUCGUCCUCGACCCACUCGCCAUCUCCCUCUCGCGGACCUCGCUCAACUCGAGCACCGCCGUCCGACGCAAUCUCUCCCACCGGGACGACAAUCCGGAUGCCGACGACCUCGAAGACGACGACGACGACGAGUAUGCAGCGGACCCGAGCAGCGCGGCGUAUGGCCUCAAGCAGGCGAGGCGUGAGAUCGAGGCGGCGCCCGGGUUCCGCGAGGCCAAGCUGCGCGAGUUCAAGGUGGUGCUCGAGACGAAGCGCAAGGCGAUUGCGAACGCUGCCGAGCUGUUGAGCAGUGCGGCGGGCGAGUUACGCGCCAGCCAGGCUCCGAAUAGGGAGAGAUGGCGUCCGCUGAUUGGGUUGCAUGGACGCGGGUGGGGGUUGACGCCGGGGAGACCGUUAUUGGAUGUUGAGCGGUUCGGGGUGUCUGCGGUCGAGGAGGAGGAGGAGCAGCUGGAGGAAGGCGAUGCUGACAAGGCGCAUCGAGAUGAUCCUGACGAAGAAGGCGAUACAGGCAAAGCAAGCAAGACUGAAAGUGGCAAGAAACGUGAAGGGCCGAAGAAGACAGCAGCCGGUGCUGCAGGGUUGCAAGGCUUCGGCACACCCAUCAUCACCUCGGACGGCAAAGUCAAGGACGAAGGUGCCCGAGAUGCCUGGAUCGGAUUCGGUCUGCCUGAAGCGCCGAUCGAACUGCGACGUCGUACUUUGGCCUACUGGGCCGAUUCACCGUCCUCUUCGGCGCCAGGGACGGCGGAAGAGCUCAAGCAGAAACUCGUCUUUCCGGACCGCAUGCAUCGUCGACUACGCGUACGAUUCGUACUCUGGCCACCCACCGGCGGUUCUGAACCGCAGCAGAAAGAGAGAGAGAGGCUUGAAUGGUCGAGUGACCCUUCUUCGUCUUCAUCGUCGACCGCGGCUGAACAGAAAGACAGUGCCGGUAGUGGUGGUGGCGGGGGAGCAGUGGUAGCAGGUGCAGUAUUGGAUCAAGAGCUGCAACAGGCUUCGCGCGAAGCUACGGACGAACUCGUUUUCGGAGACGUCGUCGCGCAAGCCAGAAAACUCCCUCCGAGUUUCGGAGUUCGGUUGACCGCCACUUCGGUACGCAUCGUCCUCACGAAACGGCUCGAUCUUGUGGUCGAGCUCGUCCCCACAUCUUCAGCAUCGGCAUCCGCUACCGACGAAGACGGCGUGCAGGCCGACAAGCAGGAAGCGAGAUACGCGCCACACGCCGCGCUGUUGCUUGCGUUCCUCCGCAUGGGACCGCUGCGCAAGUACCAAGCGUUUGUAGCCGCGACCGAGACAGCGAGGCGCAGCGAUGCGGGCGCGCGCGCAGCGGCGAUCAAGGCGGUCGCUCUGGCGGUGCCGAAAAAGUCCACCGCUGCCGCAACGGCGUCCAGCAAGGCCGACGCUUCGUCUGGGUCUGGUAGCGGGGCUGCAAAAGGCGGGAUCGCAGCAGGCGGGAAAGCGAGCAGUGCGGCGCUGAGCAAACUCGACAGCGUCGGACCUAUCCUUGUGGGCUUGCACUACUGGUCGUUCGUCUACCGGCUCGGCGCGCGGCUCGCCGCUCUGCAGCAACGCGCACGAGACCAGAACCUCACCAUCACGGUCCAGCUUGUACCGCUCACCAACACCACCACCUCCACUGCUGCUACAGCUAGCACCGCCCUGGCAAAGCUCAACAGCCUCGCCGCGGUGCUGAGCAGCGUGGUCGACGCCACGCCGUGCCCCCCUGUUUCUGCUUCUGGCGGCGAAAGCGGGGCCGCGGCUGCGCAGGGCCAUGCACGAGUGUUCCUCCAACAGAACGGGUCGCGCAAACUGGUGUGCACGCUGACGUUUGCCCAGCCGAGCCUGCUCAGCGUCCAGUUCGCCGAGCCCGCCCUGCACGACGGUAGGGCACAGCGCGUCCGGCUGACGACGAAGCCGCUCGCCGUCGAUCUCGACACACUCGACAGGCUGCUUGUGCAGCAGCUCCGGCUGUAG